CCCGGCCCCGGGCGCCGGCCAUGCUCAUCACGCUGUGCUACCUGUACCUGUGGGCGCGCUGGGGGCGCGGGCCCUCCGCGCUCGUGCGCUCCACGGUGCGGCGGCUGCGCGCCUCGCGCUGCUCCUUCACCUUCUGCGGCGCGGCCGCGCAGCCCGGGGGCGCGCGCGUGUGCCUGACCCGCGGCGGCCGCGUCUUCUGCGUCGGCGAGAGCCAGUCCAUUGAUGACUUGAACAAAUGGGCCCUGGUUCUUGUUUCUCCCUUUAUACUUGAAGCAGAGCACAUAGCAUUUGUGACAGAGAGCAUUUGGGUACAAGGUGACAGUUUCCAGAGGCCAUCUUCUCCCGAAACAGUUGUAAAGUGGUCCGACUGUUGCUUGCCCUUGGCUUGCCGGCCUGGGGAUCCCUACCGGCUCAUUGCUGAAGCAAGCGUGGACAACUUCAGCAAGCUGGGGGUGGCGUUCAUGGAGGACAAACUCCAGAUGGAUAAUGGACUGAUACCCCAAAAGAUCGUGUCCGUGCACCUGCAGGACUCUACUCUGAAGGAACUCAGGGAUCAAGCCUCGGACAGGCACACCCAAGCCCUGCAGCAGGACCCUGAGCCUUCCCGAGAGGCUGAGCGUGGACAGGAUGCUAUGAAGCACACCGGCAGAGAUGACCCUAAGGCUCCCAGCGAAGGUUCUUGCAAGCAGAGGAGAGGCAGCGAGCCCGCUGUGGAGAGUGAGCGGGGAGGAGGCUCCAUGGACUAUUAUCAUCUCCACCUGUCUAGUUGCCAUGAGUGUUUGGAACUUGAGAACAGCACCAUUGAGUCGGUCAAGUUUGCAUCUGCAGAGAACAUUCCGGAUCUUCCCUACGAUCACAGCAGCGGUGUGGAGGAUGUCGCCGAUGAGAUUGUCCCUGCGAGAGAAGGGAAACGAGUCAACAGGACAGGAAAGGCACCCAACAUCCUACUCUACGUAGGUUCCAGCUCCCAGGAAACCCUGGACCGGCUCCAGCAGGUCCGGUCCAUUCUCGCUGACUGUGUGGACACUGACAGCUAUGUUCUCUACCACCUGCUGGAGGAAAGUGCCCUCAGGGACCCGUGGGCAGACAAUUGUCUGUUGUUGGUCAUUGCCACCUCCGAGCCUAUCCCCGAAGACUUGUACGGGAAAUUCAUGGCCUAUCUUUCUCAGGGAGGGAAGGUGCUCAGCCUGUCGUCCUUCUUCACAUUUGGUGGCUUUCAGGUGGCAAGUAAGGCUGUGCUGCAGAGGACAGUCCAGAACUUGGUUUUCUGCAGUAGUGACCAGAGUGAGGUGAGGCUCAGUGUUCUGAGCAGCGGUUGCGUUUACGAGGAGGGCCCUGGAGAACAGCUCAGCCCUGGAAGGCUCCAGGGCCACCUGGAGAACGAGGACAAGGACAGGAUGAUUGUGCAAGUGCCUUUUGGAGCCUGUGGAGGAGAGGCUGUCCUUUGCCAGGUGCAUUUAGAAUUGCCUCCCAGCUCUCACAUAGUGCAAACUCAAGAAGAAUUUAAUUUGCUCAAGUCAAGCAAUUUGAGAAGAUAUGAAGUCCUUAAAGAGAUCCUGACCACCCUGGGCCUCAGCUGUGACAUACGACAAGUUCCUGCCUUAACACCUCUGUACUUACUGUCGGCCACUGAGGCAAUUCGGGAUUCGUUUAUGCAGUGGCUGGGGAGACAUGUAGAUCCCGAAGGAGUAAUAAAAUCCAGCAAGCUCUCCCUUAAAUUUGUUUCCUCGCACACCUCUGAAACAGAAGUCACCCCAUCUUCUAUACCUGUGGUCACCGACACGGAGGUCUUCUCAUCAGAACAUUUUAACUUACAAAUCUAUCGGCAAAACCUACGGACCAAGCAACUUGGAAAAAUAAUUCUGUUUGCUGAAGUGACCCCCACGACCAUGAGUCUCCUGGACGGGUUGAUGUUCGAGGUGCCACAGGAAAUGGGUUUAAUUGCCAUUGCAGGCCGGCAGACCCAGGGCAAAGGGCGGGGACCAAAUGCCUGGCUGAGCCCCAUGGGAUGUGCCCUUUCCACCCUGCUGGUCUCCAUUCCCUUGCGGUCCCAGCUGGGACAGAGGAUUCCGUUUGUCCAGCACCUGAUGUCCGUGGCUGUUGUGGAGGCUGUACGCUCCAUUCCCGAGUAUCAGGACAUCAACUUACGAGUGAAGUGGCCCAAUGACAUUUAUUACAGUGACCUCAUGAAGAUUGGUGGAGUUCUGGUUAAUUCAACACUUAUGGGAGAAACAUUUUAUAUACUUAUUGGCUGUGGAUUUAAUGUGACUAACAGUAACCCUACCAUAUGCAUCAACGACCUCAUCACAGAAUACAAUAAGCAACACAAGACAGAUCUGAAGCCUUUGCGAGCUGACUUUCUCAUCGCCAGGGCCGUGACUGUGCUGGAGGAACUGAUCCACACGUUUCAGGUCAAAGGGCCCAAUGGCAUUCUUCCACUUUAUUAUAAGUAUUGGGUGCAUAGUGGUCAGCAAGUCCGCCUGGGAAGCACCGACGGGCCAGAGGUGUCCAUCGUGGGCCUGGAUGAUUCUGGGUUCCUGCAGGUUCAUCAGGAAGGGGGCGAAGUGGUGACCGUACAUCCAGAUGGCAACUCCUUUGACAUGCUGAGAAACCUCAUCCUGCCCAAGUGGCAGUAGCUCAGAUCCUGCAGGCCUGGGACUCCUGGGACGCCUGUGGCCAGGCUGCCUCUGGGAUGCAUCCACAGUGAGCACAGUGCCUGCUGAGUGUGCAGCAAGCAUCCCUGCAUCAUUGCUGUCGCCUUUGCUCACCUGGGAGCUGGAAAGGGAAUGCAGAGGAAGCUCUCCCCCUCCCCCAUCCCCAAAGCAUCUGUUGAUUCUUUAAUUUUUCCCCCUAUUUUUCUGUUUUGUUUUU